UCGCCGUCUGAUUGGAGGGCUCUGAAGCAGUGUUGAUACAGAAGGGUUCUCGAACAGAUAGUGCCGACUCUCCAACUAGACGAGCUAUUUAAAAGGCAUCUGCGUAAACAGGCAGGGUAAAGGUUAGGGAAAACAACACUAUCAACCACCAAGCCACACGCACAAACCACAGGACUCCCUCUGUGUACUCCAUCUCUCUGUCUUUCAGUCUCUUAUUGAAAGUAUUGAUUGGGCAGGCUUAAAUGACCCUGAACCGAGCAACCAAUAUGUGGAGGCUGAGAAGUGAUCACUUCAUAGUUCAUCAAUUAUUAAGAUGUUUUUCAUUUCCUGUCUGUGGCCCUGAGGCCUAAUAAUAGUUGUGUGUGUGUGUGUGUGUGUGUGUGUGUGUGUGUGUGUGUGUGUGUGUGUGUGUGUGUGUGUGUGUGUGUGUGUGUGUGUGUGUGUGUGUGUGUGUGUGUGUGUGUGUGUGUGUUCCUCUCUCUGGGAUCCUGAGAUAACUUACCCUGGAGACCCGUCUCUCCAUCCCUCGCUGAUCCCUCUUCAAGGGAAGACAGAAUGGACGGAACCUCACUAGGCUCACAAGAGGCAAGGGGCAUUUUUAUCAGCUUUCCCUUUAAUACAAACUGGGUGUGUGAGUGUACUAACUGCAGAGCGAGAUACACUGGAACACACAAACCAUCUUAUCAUCCAUUUACAGCUGGCAACACACACAAAGCUACCCUGUUAUGAACACACUGUGGAGAGAGAGGAGAGGAGGAGCAGAGGAGACGAGAGAAAGAGUGUGGGUGCAGAGGAGACGAGAGAAAGAGUGUGGGUGCAGAGAAGACGAGAGAAAGAGUGUGGGUGCAGAGGAGACGAGAGAAAGAGUGUGGGUGCAGAGGAGACGAGAGAAAGAGUGUGGGUGCAGAGGAGACGAGAGAAAGAGUGUGGGUGCAGAGGAGACGAGAGAAAGAGUGUGGGUGCAGAGAAGACAAGAGAAUGAGUGUGGGUGCAGAGGAGACGAGAGAAAGAGUGUGGGUGCAGAGGAGACGAGAGAAAGAGUGUGGGUGCAGAGGAGACGAGAGAAAGAGUGUGGGUGCAGAGGAGACGAGAGAAAGAGUGUGGGUGCAGAGAGAGACGAAAGAAAGAGUGUGGGUGCAGAGAAGACAAGAGAAUGAGUGUGGGUCCAGAGGAGACGAGAGAAAGAGUGUGGGUGCAGAGAAGACGAGAGAAAAAGGUUGGGUGCAGAGAAGACGAGAGAAAAAGGUUGGGUGCAGAGAAGACGAGAAAAAGAGUGUGGGUGCAGAGGAGACGAGAGAAAGAGUGUGGGUGCAGAGAAGACGAGAGAAAGAGUGUGGGUGCAGAGGAGACGAGAGAAAGAGUGUGGGUGCAGAGGAGACGAGAGAAAGAGUGUGGGUGCAGAGGAGACGAGAGAAAGAGUGUGGGUGCAGAGGAGACGAGAGAAAGAGUGUGGGUGCAGAGGAGACGAGAGAAUGAGUGUGGGUGCAGAGGAGACGAGAGAAAGAGUGUGGGUGCAGAGAAGACGAGAGAAAGAGUGUGGGUGCAGAGGAGACGAGAGAAAGAGUGUGGGUGCAGAGGAGACGAAAGAAAGAGUGUGGGUGCAGAGAAGACAAGAGAAUGAGUGUGGGUGCAGAGAAGACGAGAGAAAAAGGUUGGGUGCAGAGAAGACGAGAGAAAGAGUGUGGGUGCAGAGGAGACGAGAGAAAGAGUGUGGGUGCAGAGAAGACGAGAGAAAGAGUGUGGGUGCAGAGAAGACGAGAGAAAGAGUGUGGGUGCAGAGGAGACGAGAGAAAGAGUGUGGGUGCAGAGGAGACGAGAGAAAGAGUGUGGGUGCAGAGGAGACGAGAGAAAGAGUGUGGGUGCAGAGAAGACGAGAGAAAGAGGUUGGGUGCAGAGAAGACGAGAGAAAGAGUGUGGGUGCAGAGGAGACCAGAGAAAGAGUGUGGGUGCAGAGGAGACCAGAGAAAGAGUGUGGGUGCAGAGGAGACCAGAGAAAGAGUGUGGGUGCAGAGGAGACCAGAGAAAGAGUGUGGGUGCAGAGAAGACGAGAGAAAGAGUGUGGGUGCAGAGAAGACGAGAGAAAGAGUGUGGGUGCAGAGGAGACGAGAGAAAGAGUGUGGGUGCAGAGGAGACCAGAGAAAGAGUGUGGGUGCAGAGAAGACGAGAGAAAGAGUGUGGGUGCAGAGAAGACGAGAGAAAGAGUGUGGGUGCAGAGGAGACGAGAGAAAGAGUGUGGGUGCAGAGGAGACGAGAGAAAGAGUGUGGGUGCAGAGGAGACGAGAGAAAGAGUGUGGGUGCUGAGGAGACCAGAGAAAGAGUGUGGGUGCAGAGGAGACGAGAGAAAGAGUGUGGGUGCAGAGGAGACGAGAGAAAGAGUGUGGGUGCAGAGGAGACGAGAGAAAGAGUGUGGGUGCAGAGAAGACGAGAGAAAGAGUGUGGGUGCAGAGGAGACGAGAGAAAGAGUGUGGGUGCAGAGGAGACGAGAGAAAGAGUGUGGGUGCAGAGGAGACGAGAGAAAGAGUGUGGGUGCAGAGGAGACGAGAGAAAGAGUGUGGGUGCAGAGAAGACGAGAGAAAGAGUGUGGGUGCAGAGAAGACGAGAGAAAGAGUGUGGGUGCAGAGGAGACGAGAGAAAGAGUGUGGGUGCAGAGGAGACGAGAGAAAGAGUGUGGGUGCAGAGGAGACCAGAGAAAGAGAGUGUGGGUGCAGAGAAGACGAUAGAAAGAGUGUGGGUGCAGGGGAGACGAGAGAAAGAGUGUGGGUGCAGAGGAGACGGGAGAAAGAGUGUGGGUGCAGAGAAGACGAGAGAAAGAGGUUGGGUGCAGAGAAGACGAGAGAAAGAGUGUGGGUGCAGAGGAGACGAGAGAAAGAGUGUGGGUGCAGAGAAGACGAGAGAAAGAGUGUGGGUGCAGAGAAGACGAGAGAAAGAGUGUGGGUGCAGAGAAGACGAGAGAAAGAGGUUGGGUGCAGAGGAGACGGGAGAAAGAGUGUGGGUGCAGAGGAGACCAGAGAAAGAGUGUGGGUGCAGAGAAGACGAGAGAAAGAGUGUGGGUGCAGAGAAGACGAGAGAAAGAGUGUGGGUGCAGAGGAGACGAGAGAAAGAGUGUGGGUGCAGAGAAGACGAGAGUGGAAAGCGUCUCCGAUUCCCCAUCUCUCCCUCUCGGCCCAUCAGUGUGAACUCGUUUCUGGGGAUGCGCUGCAGGGUUCAACACGAGGCUCCGUUCAUAACAGCAGGACCACAAGGAUCACUACACACCCCUGAGCACACCCCUCCCAUUCACUCUCAGAGACAACUAAAAAGUAGCAGGAAAUGGGUGUGCUACAGGUCAAAGUAAAUACCUGCAUUUCUGCAUGCGGCUUCUACAAAUAAGAUGUGUGGAGUGAAAUGUACGACUUAUCUCGCUCUAUACCCCCCCCUUUUGUCUUUCUGUAUUGCGCUCUCUCUCUCUCAGU